CACAGACCGCUGCUCGGGUCAUCCACAUCUUUACUAACAGCACUUAAAGAUACAGCAGCUCCUUAAAGUCUUCUUUUACGAUUUGAUUUCCUUUGGGAAUUGUUUUUAUUGGCUUUUAAGGUUAGACGCUGACAAUGCGGCUAAGUAUACUGUUUUUUCUUUGUUGCGUCGCUUUUCGGGUGACUUCCCACAAAAUAAGAGCGGUGUGUGAUGAAGUUCACGAUUUUCCACCAACAAAGCUAAAGGACAGUCCAUCUAUGGUGGCAGGCUUAAACGUGACGCUGGUGAAGGCUGGAGAAGAAAACAAGCUGAACAUAAGUUGGGCAAUCAACAUUGAUGCCAGUAUAAAUUACCUGAAUGGUACAUGGAUUGAUAUUUCAGGGCGUUUUGCCUACAUCUGUAACUACGACCCCCCUUUUACCAGGGCAAACCUUACUGGAUUAGAGCAGGAAUGGUUUUAUUUUUUAAGAAGUUUAGGAAAUGGCUUUUGGUCUAUCAAAAUUUAUAAUAUCCCGUUACCUCCACUGGGGGCUGGCCCCCAAUCAAAAUCAGCCUCUAUUCAGGUACCUGUGCAAAAAAAAGCAAAUCCUACAAACAGAACUACAAUCGUCACUACAGGGGAUCCUCAGCAGACAAGUCAAAUGACUCCACCUGUUGCUGAAGAAACAGGGAUUGAGGAUGCCACUUUAAUCUUUGUUGGAGUCGUAGCCUCUGUAAUAAUUAUGAGUUCCUGUUUUAUUAUCUAUAAGAUUUUUGUGUCAUACUCGGGUUUUGAAAUCAUCCCCGUGGCCCCCAUGGCUCCAGUCUCAGUGCUUGUGGUGUACCCUGCGGAGACGCCGGCCUUUCAGCGGUCCGUGGUGGCGCUGGUGGAGUUUCUGCAAUGGCACGGUGGCUGCAAAGUGGCAAUUGAUAUGUGGCAGCAGGAAAAAAUUGCAGAAUUGGGACCACUGCGUUGGUUAGCUGAACAAGUGAAGGUUGCUGAUCGUGUGCUGAUCAUCACCCCUCUGGUGGAAACUUCGUCCUUUUUGCCAGGACACUCGACUCCCACCAAGAACCUCCCGGAACAUUCCAUCCCAGCUGCAGCUCAUGACCUUUACCCUUUGAUUCUCAGAAUUGUGGCCAGCCACGCUAAGAGUGCCACCGAGCUGGCCAAGUUCUGGGUGGUGCAGCUGCAUGCACAGAAGGACAAAAAUUAUCGUGUUUUGCUGCCAGAGCUGCAAACUUGCAGGACUUUCUGUCUGAUGAAAGAUUUGAACAGACUCUGUAAGAGUCUUCAUGCUCAGAGGAAAGUUGGGAAGAAGAUAUUACCGCUGUUGUUCAAACCUGAGCUUUUCUACAGUCGAAACAGUACAGCGAAAUUAAGGGAAGCUAUAAAAAUGCUCAGCGCAAAAAAGCCAGGAAUAUCCGACAGGAUGCUGAAUAAAGAUCUGUGUUGAAAAUGUUGAGGAUGACAUGUAGACAAAAAUAGGAUCUAUUUUCUAUUGUCUGUCUUGUUUGUCCUUAUUGUUGUUUUUCUGAUAUACCAUGUUAGCCUCCUAGUUUGUAUUUUGUUCUGUUUCUUAAUAUUUAAACAAAAUAACAAAGUUACAUUACAUUAAAAAAAAGUGAUUAAUGGCAGUAGUACUUUGCUGCCAUGGUGACAGUGGCAAGUAGGUAGUCAUCUUUUCUUUGCUGAAUUGUAUAGUGCAUUUUAAGAACUGUUUGUCGGAGUUGUUUAUUUUUUCUUUAAUCUUAAAUACAUUGCCUGGCAAACAUAUUUCUAAACUUAAACUUUUUGACAUGUUUUCAUAUGACACCCUAAAACUUUUAUGUAUUUUAUUGGGAUUUAUGUGAUAGACCAGCAGAAAGUAGUGAAUCAUUUGGGAGUGGAAAGAAAACCACGUUUUUUGAAUAUCUGUACAAAUAAAAAAAUGAAAAGAG